AAAAAAAAAAAAAAAAAAACACGAUCCUUUCUGUACGGAAUUUCAAUGGCGGACUAUGCGGCACCAUCGUUCUCUCUAGGACUCGAUCUAGGUUUCGAUUCGGAGCCCCAAAUACCGGUUGAGGAGGAGGAAUGCUCUUCUCCAAAACCAGCUCCAGUUCCAGCUCCCGUGCUCGAUCCAAAUGCGAAUGCACACCGACAAGAUGGCAAGGAAUUCGAAACUGAAGUCGCAGAGGAUUCGGACCCGGAAACCGGUCCUCAAGAAAAACGGCCUCGGAUACUCAAGCGCCUCAGAAGAGGACCUUCCCAGUUGCGCGAAACGCCGCCGUCUUCGUUCAAUCUUGAUGAUGAUGAAAUUGAAGAGUUCUCUUCCCAAGAAGAUAGUCUGGAAGAACUGCAUCCAUCAUCAACGCAGUAUCGUACCAUGUGUAGUAGUUCAAAGGUCCCAUUGCAUGGAUCUAAGGUUUCAACUACACAAUCAUCAAUCCAAUGGAAGGAAAGGAAAAAGAAAACAAUUUCAGAAGUUCCUGCUUCCACAAAUCUGGAGACAAGACACUGUGAAAAAAUGUUUCCACGGUUAACUGUUAGUCCUCUUCGGAGGUUCCAGUUAAUUGAUUCUGAUUCUGAUUCUGAUGAUCCUUCAGUCAGUGAAGAUGUAGACAGGGUGCCUCAGAAAAUUGAUCUUUCCUCAAAGAAGCAGCAAUUUAACCCUGCUCCAUUUGCAAUUGCUAGUGAAAAAACACAAAAAUCUUCAGAUGGUAUGCCUCAAAAUGUGGAUUUAUGGAAAGAUUUCUCUCCAGUAAAUCGUUUUCACAUUCCAACACCUGCUCUGGAUGAGGUAUGUGAAGAAUACUUCCAUUCUAUGAAGCAUAAUAAUGUAGCUGAGAAACCGGGGAGUGACAUACGUUCACAUAAAACUACAAACGGCCUAAACAUUGAGAAGUCUUCAAAUUUAGCUGACCCCCUUCCUCCAGCUCAUUACUACUUUUUCCAUAAGGAUACAAGGAUCCGGAAGUUAAUCCGCGGUCGUUUACCCAACUUUUUUCCUUUGGGUAUUGUCGACAGCGGAGGAAAUCAACAGCAUGGUGCAUCUUUUAUCGAUUAUAUGGGCCAAUUUAAUAAUGGUGAACCUUCUAAACGACGACCAACACAACAAACUGAUCUUCAGAGGAAUUCAAAGAGGGGAAGGACCAAAUCAAAUAAAUCAGUUUCUGAAGAAGCUUUUCAAGCUUCUGGUAGCUGUAUGGAUGCGGAAAAAUAUGAAACGGUUCAGAAUACUAGUGCUAAGAAAAGCUCAACGAGAGGAAAAAAUAAGUCGGACAAAUUAAGUGUAGGGGUAUUGCAUGCUUCUGGAAGAUGUAUGCAACCUAAACAAGGCAAAGCGACAACGAAAAGUAAUGUUAAGAAAAGCUCAAAGGCAGGAAAUGUGUCAAAAAAAGUAAAUGCUGGAGAAGUCUUGCAUGGUUCAGGAAGCUGGGUAGACCCUAGAAGUUGUGCUGGCAUUACAAAGGAUUCUGACAGAAGGCCGGUACAUGCAAGUGGUCAAUCUGUUGGUCAUUGGUAUACAUCUCCAGAAGGAAAGAAGGUUUACGUUAGUAAAAGUGGGCAGGAAUUGACGGGUCAAAUUGCGUACAGACAUUAUAAGAAGGAGAAUGGAGCAAGGUUUAAAAAAGCCAAGACAAAAACUAAUUCAAAGAAGAAGAAAGGCUAAUCGUUGAUGCUGAGUUUUACAUUCUGUCCCAUUUUCUGUGAUUAUUUGUUAUAUAAAUGUUGUUUGUCUGUUUUUCUUUACCUCCAUUUUCAA